GGCCGGCGGCCGGUGCGGGGAAGCGGCAGCGGCAGGAGAGGGCUGCGGGGCGCGGCUUCCCUCGGCAAGGUGGAUUUGUGCUUUCGGCUGUUCCCCUCCGAGGACGUCCAGGCUGGCUACAGCGAUGUGGUUCUUGGAAAAGAUCAGAGCAUCCCAUGAAAACAGAAGCCUCCCUUGCCCUGCCUUCCUGGGACUGCCCCCUGGCCAAAACGUGCUAGAAAAAGGCCACCUGGGGGCUGCUGCUUUUCCCAACGUGCUCACCCCGGACAGAAUCCCGGAAUUCUGCAUCCCCCCCAGGCUGGCCACCUCUGUUCCUGGAAAGGGCCCUGGCUCCCGCCAGUGCCACGAUUCGGAGGACACAGAUCUUAAUUCCUCUGACUGCAGCUCCAGCUCCUCUUUGCCCCAUCUCAUCCAGGUGGAAAGUGCUGAAGAGAUCCCAACCCUGGAGGAAGAAAGCACCAACUCAGACCCACAGUCCCAAGCGGCACUCUCCCUGCCUCACUUCCCCAGAGCCCCCACUUCCUAUGGCUUCUGUACGUUGCUGGAGAGUCCCCACACCAGGAGAAAGGAGUCGAUCUUCCAUGGCGACACAUGCGGUGCUCUGCCCGGCCUGAUGCUGCCUCGAUCCAGAGCUAACACUUUCAGUGACAAAGGGAAUAUGUCUAAUCCUAUUGCUAUCAGCUUUGCUUCUGUAAGGCUGCCUCCUAAGCACCUUUCCCUGCACAGGCAAAGUGCCUGUGACAGCGAUACUGCCUCCUCCAGUGACUCCUCUCCUUUCAGCUCCCCACUUCUCAGCAGAUCGCCUCCCAAACCCUGCUCCUUGGUCAAGACACGAAGCCAAGAGGGAUUGCUCUGCCGAGCACUGAAAGCCAAGAACAAAUCCGGCAUGGCCAGGAACAACUCUCUGUCUACAGAGGAGAGUAGCUCCACUGAUAACAGCCCCAGUGCCAUCAGGCGGGCCUCAGAGGGGCUGCUUGCCACGCGGAGCUUUAGCAUGUCCUGUUCUCCCAUCUUUCCCCUGGACCUUACCCAGAGCCGGGAGAGACUGUUGGGAGAGAGCACAGUGGUAAUGGACAAGGGAGGCAUGCUGAGGCUGUCAGCUGAAUACUGCUCAGAAAACGAAAGGCUGCGGAUCCGCCUGAUCAGUGCAGAAGGUUUAUAUGAUGACUCUGUAGACCCCAAAAACAUAAACUGUUGCAUCACCUUCUCCCUGGUACCAGGGAAAACGCAGAAGCAGAGAAGCACUGUUAUAAAGAGAAGCAGGAAUCCCAUCUUCAAUGAGGACUUCUUUUUUGAUGGCAUUAAAGAAGAAGAGCUUCACAGCCUCUCUGUGAGGAUGAAAGCCACAAACAAAGGGUGCAGUAUGAAACGGGAUUACACCUUAGGAGAACGGGAGUUGUCUUUAACGAGCAUGUUGUCCUUGUAAUACUUCAAACAGUUAUUUUGUAUACUGGAAGUUUUGUACUGAAUAAAGCUUUGGUUCUUUUUGUUAAAGAGUACUUCAAAGCACUAC